ACUCGCUCUCACGCACAACACACACACACACACACACACACCCCGCCCCUUUUCCUUCUAGCGCCGGCCCAACCCUCGCCCCCUUCCUCCUCCUCCUCCUGCAAACCCCGUGACGCCUCUCGAGACCCGCCCUGCGAGGCGGCAGAGGCGGCCGCCGAGGCAACAGAAGAAGCGGCAGCGUGACAGACCGCCGCCGGGUCGCUAGUCGUGCCCGCCCAGCGCCCGUUGGCGGGAGCUGCCCUCUCCGCAGCCUGGAGGAAGGCGCUCCCGCACCCCGCGACGAAGGAGAGGGAUGGGCUCGACCGAGGAGCUGCUGCUCCCGCCGCCCGAAUACGCCUUCGAGAGGGACUGGGAGCCGGCGCCAUCGUUGGCGUCUCCGGGCGGGAGGGCAGUCGCCCGGCACAGGCGGAGGAGGCAGCACCGGGAGCAGCAGCAGCCGCCGCCGCCUAGGGAAGAAGAGGAGGAGGGCGAGGGCGAGGGCGAGGAGGAACAACUGCAGGUGAGCGGCUGCAUCUCCGGGUGGCCAGGUGCGGGUUGUAAAAUGCCUGUUCCCUUUUUUGAACCUCGACCAGGCAGGAUCCGCCCCACCAGUUGCCCGGGAGAACGGUUGGGGCCGUUGCCUUCCGGGGGCUUCUUGCAGAAGCAUCUGGUUUAAUCGAUUGUCGUUAGCAGGACCGUGCAGAAACCACACACACACCUUUUGGGUCCGAUGCAGCCCGUGGCUCUUCUUGGGUCCUGGGAGCCAAGCCUGGUGGUGGGACCGGGACGUGGUUUUGUGAGGGGUGGGGCGCCGCACCUGUGCAGCGCUGGCAAAAGCCGGACAGUGCACGCGCAAAACGCGCGCACGGGAAAAGCGGAGGGGGGAGCGCCCCCCUCCCUCCAUCCUUGCACUGUCUAUAAUAUCGUGCCUGUGGCGCUUGCGCUCUGAAAAUAAAAAUUAAAAAGCGUGGCUGCUGUUGUGAAAGGAAGGAAUCCAUGGUAGGGUAUCUUUGCAUCCCCCCAUCGGAUAAGUUAGGAGCAUGGUGAUCGUUGGGGGGGGGGGGAGGAAGACACUGAACUUCCUGGAAGUGUGGGGGGGGGUGGAGUUCUGCUAACCUCCUUGAAAGUUUUCCUGAUGAUGUAUUGGGAAAAUACACCCCACAGCCAUGUUUAUGUGGUUAUGCAAACUUUCCACACGAGUGUGAUUCCCCCCCCCCCCCAUUACUUGGGGGGAAGAGGAUAAGAGCCCUUUAUUAGUUUUCCCAUGCCACAUCCCCAUACAUUUAAAGCAUAGUUUCCCCCAAAGAAUCUUGGGAACUGUAGUUUGUGGCUCACAGAGCUACAAUUCCCAACAUGCUUAACACAUCACAGUUUCCAGGAUUCUUUAGGGAAAGUCAUGCACUUCAUAUGUAUGGUGUGGCUGUGAAUGUGGUGAGGCAGGUUUUGUUGACUGGUCUUUAAUGCUAAUAUGGUUUGUGAUAGUUUGUGGGUCUUUCAGGUUGCUUUCCCUGAACUAGCAAAGGUGUCUGAACCCAUGCACACAAAUCACUCUCCUAUAAACACAAUCUUUGUGACUAUAGAGCACUAAAUAGUUAAAUCCUCCAUAUUUUCAAAGAAUGUGUGGAGUUACAACAAUCAUUGAGUUUGCAAUAAUGGAGUUAAGAAGAAGAAGAGGAGGCGUUUGGGUUUGAUAUCCCGCUUUAUCACUACCAGAAGGAGUCUCAAAGCAGCUAACGUUCUUCUUUCCCUUCCUUCCCCACAACAAACACUCUGUGAGGUGAGUGGGGCUAAGAGACUUCAGAGAAGUGUGAUUAGCCCAGAGUCACCCAGCAGCUGCAUGUGGAGGAGCGGGGAUGUGAACCCGGCUCACCAGAUUACAAGUCCACCGCUCUUAACCACUAUGGGGUGGUAGUUUAAUCUGAAUUUAUUGAAAUGGAAUAGUAGGGUGUGGUCCAGUUUUUCUGUCUCCUUUUAUGCCUGCACAGGUGUACAGAUAGACAUAGUAGUUGCAAUAGUGCACCCAGUGCACUGCAAUUUACCCAGUCUGGAAAUACCUGAAGGAUCACAUAGCAGUGGAAUAAUUAUAGGCUAGUAUGCUAUCCUUUGUUUAUGUUUAGAGACUCUAGUCACAGACGCACCUCUUAGCAUCAUUCAGAUUUCUUGGAAGAAAGGCAAUACAAGAUUCCAGGGAAAGAGUCUACAGUGAUGUUUGUCUUGUUCAGAGGAAUUGGGUUUAUUCAGUGACAUAAACCCGCUUUGUGUGUUAAGCUUCUCCACAUGUCUCUUGAAGCACACAUCUGCAAUAUGUGUCCAAGUGUAUGUUCAUAGGAUGAAUUCCAAAUAAUCAGGAGCCCUGAUCAGAUGAGUCCUUUCUUACAUGUGUAAGGUUGUAGUUAUGGGCACAUGUAGCAGAUAUUUCAACAUGCUAAUGGGUGUGGACUGAGUCUGCCACUUCCCUGUUUUCAUUGUACGUGCAGAGAAGAGCCCUAAUGUAUGAAGAGGGCUGUUCUUAUGGAGGAACGAGAGAUUCAAAUUACAGUUCUGGUCAAAGCAGUAGUUUGGAAACAAACUACUGUUUUGGAAACAAACUAAAUUUAAAAUUUGUUUUUAAAUGCAUGGGUAUGUUGUAGCUGGCAUAAUCUUAAAGGCAUUCUUCAUCACUGUGUAAGCAAGAACAUGAGAUGCCUGUUUAAAAAUGGUGGCUUUUUACAAAGAGUAAUUUUUGUAAGAACUUUUAUAAUCCUGUUUUUAUCAUGCCUGUCAGCUUUCACUUUAUUAGCUUUUCUCUGUGCACCAUUGUGUCCAAAGCAUGAGCUCACAGUUCUUUCUAAACAGAUAAAAUGAGCACCUCUGGCUUGGAAGAACCUGUUCAUUAUAGAGACCUGCCAACAUUCGACAAAGAGGUGUGCUCACUCACAAAUUAACUGGAAUUUUGCAGGUUCACUGUGCCAUGGUAUUGGUCAUAAAAUUUCCUUUUCUGAAAAACUUUUUGCAGAAUUAGUCAGCCCCAUUUUACUAGAGCCCUUAGCCUUUUUACCUAAAUUUAUGUACAGUAUUUAUUCUAUCUGAAAUAUUUACUUGCUACCUUUCGGCCUCCAAGGUGGCUGCCAAUAAAUGAAAAUUAACAAAAGGCAGCAAACAAUUAAUGGCCAUUGCAUAUGAAUUGUAGCCUUAUUCAGGCAUUUGGUUCUUGUUCACAUGCUGGAAAUCCUAUACACCUAAAAGGCUGACCGCUUCAGACUGAACUGAUCACACAUCGGCCUGGGAACAUGGCUGGCAUGCGCAUAAGUAUCAAGGCUAGGGCUACCCCCAUACAUUCUCAUUAGCCAGUGUAGCUAGUGUAAACUAAUUUGUUAUUUAUUGUGACUUGCUCUGGGAAAGUACCUAACUUCAAGGCUGUUUCUGAAACACCAUCUCCAUUUCAAACCAUAUGAGAAUUGAAGAUGGUUCUUGCAGCUAUGCAAAAGAUACAGCGGUCACAUUUCUUCUCCCCAUCUUGAUUUGAAGCCAAAGCCUUGGGGAACCAAUACACUUUUUAAAAAAAAUCUGAAUAAAUUCUGGCUUGGGAAAUUUGUCCUUUAUUGUCACUGUGAGAAUCUUCUUCUAGGCUUUUUUGGGGCUCCCAAGAUUUGAGCUGCUGGAGCUAGUCUAUGAAGCAAGGCUAUCUUGGUCCACAUAGAAGGACACUACUUGUCAGUUUGCAUGUGAGAUGGCACAGCAGGUGCCUUGAUAGUUGAUAUAUGGAGGCAUGUGGCAUCAGCACAUUUUUCCUAAAGUGUUUGAAGGGAUGCCCCCUUACCAUGCUGCAGGAAAAGAAGUAUAGACUCUUGCAAAUAAUAAUGAGAGUUGAUCUUUGAUCGAAAUAUAGCUCUGGUGGCUCAGUUAUCACUCCAGGUUUCGCUUUGUUUGGAUCUUUGUGCCAGGAACAAGAGUUCCCAAAAUAUACUGAUGGAAAAGAGAACCUGCAACAUCUCAGAGAGAACCUGGAGCCGAAGGGCUUCAAAUUAUUGUCAACCCAAUGAUGUGAUGCAAUAUCCAGUUUUUAAGAAGCUUCUCAAGAGCUUGCAGUGCUGAAAAACAUUAAUUUAAAAACUUGGGAAAUUGGUGGUUCAGAACAUAAAACUGGUUCAGGAGCACCUCCUUCAUGUCACAACUGAUGUGGGAUGUUUAUGAAACAUUAAGGAUGUUUGUUAUAACUUUUGUUAUAACUUUAGCUCUGAAAAGAUCUUGCCAUGCUGAUCAAAAGGCUAGAGAGCUUACCCUCAAGCUCUUCUGCUCCUAAUGGGUUAUAUUCAGUGAAAAUGUAAAGGUUCCUGAGACUUGCUUUUUGUAAAAGGUAAAAGGACCCCUGACCAUUAGGUCCAGUCGCAGACGACUCUGGGGUUGCAGCGCUCAUCUCACUUUAUUGGCCGAGGGAGCCGGCGUAUAGUUUCCGGGUCAUGUGGCCAGCAUGACUAAGCCGCUUCUGGCAAACCAGAGCAGCACAUGGAAACGGCAUUUACCUUCCUGCCGGAGCGGUACCUAUUUAUCUACUUGCACUUUGAUGUGCUUUCAAACUGCUAGGUUGGCAGGAGCAGGGACCGAGCGACGGGAACUCACCCCAUCACGGGGAUUCGAACCGCCAACCUUCUGAUCGGCAAGCCCUAGGCUCUGUGGUUUAGACCACAGUGCCCACCCACUUUUUGUACUCUGCAACUAAAUAUUGGAAAGUAGCUUCUUUACAAAUUCUAAAUUUACUAAAUAUUGGUAAGUUGCUUCUUUACAAAAAGAAGUUGUCUACUGUUGGCUAACUUUUGCAAUACUUGCAACCAAGGCCUCAUCUGUGGAAUCAACCGUGAGAUUUUCUGCUGUUCAGGAACAAGCUGUUGACAGUUAACAUGCUUUCCUUUUUGUUCUCUCUUCCUGUCUUAGUGAGAUGGUGGGACCCGCAUUGUCUUCUAAAAGGGGAAACAAAACUUCUCUGUGUUUGCAGUUUUCUAGCAACUGAGAAUAAGGUUAUAUUUUCAGGAGUGCUAAAUACCUAAUGAAAUACUCCUAAUCAUCUUCAGAGUCGCAAGUGUUAGAGAAAGACUUGUAGUGAUAUAAAUUAAAAUUGUGAUAACAUUUCAAGAACAGCACAGUUGUCCAUGGAAGUAGAGAUAGGGAAUCAGCACCAACCUUGUGAGAAUGUAACUGAUAUUUCACAGAUGCUUUCCACUAAUAAUUGUUAAUUUAGGCAUAACAAAAAAUAUAGCAUCUGCGAGUCCAUUUGGAAUUAGCAUAAAUUUAAUGGACAAAUUUGUUGCCCAUAGGCGAGUUUUAAGUUAAGAGGUCAUUCUUAUAAGAUCUGCUUGUUCUUUGGAUACUUUUACUAUAGAGCGCUCUAUCCCCUGGUCAUGAAACAAAGUCUUUCACAUACUUUUAUAUAUCACUUGUAGGCUUUAGUGAUAUAGUUAUGUUCCUGUGUGUGGGCUUCCCAUAGGCAUGUAGUUCGACUCUGUGAGAAGAUGUUGGACGAAAUGGAUCUUUGACCAGAUCCAGCAGGGCUCUUCUUGUAUUCUUAAAUAGUUAUAUGUUGUCUUCAGUGUGUAAGGGAAGGGUGGAUCUUCAGAACAUUGUCCAUGAGUUAUGUUUGGAGUGCCUACUGAAAAUUUGCUGGGCUUUUGUGUAGAGGGCGGCCUUUCCUCAUCACAACAUCUGGUAACCACUUGGAUUUCAGCAUCUGACUCAGCUUCCUACUCUGCUGAAGAUUUUCCCCACACUCAGCAGAAACUUGGAAAACACCUGCAGGUCCACUGGCUGCUUUGCAAGGGCAAGGCAGCCAUAGCUUCUUUUACAUCUGUGUUCUGAGCUACUUUAGGGCAAAAAAAAAAAAAGUGGGAAGAGACUAAAGGGUGGUUAAAAAUAAUGAGGACAUAAGAAGCUGCCUUAGUAUAAAACCAUUAAUGCAUCUAGCUCAGUAUUGUCUACACACUUCCCGAUAGUGGCUCGGCAGGGUUUUAGACAAGGGAAAUUCUCAGUCCUUCCUGGAGAUUGAAUCCGGGAUCUUGGGCAUGCCAAGCAAGUGGUCUACCUCUGAGCUAUAGCUCUUCCUCCAAAUGAAGGCUUAAUAUCCAAAUCUCUGAAUUGAAUUUUGUUAAUGUGUGAAGAAGCCUGCCAUAAGAGUUUCAUAAGCUUACUCUUCAAACGCUUUAAAAUCUGACAAAGAGAACGCCAUUUAUAUAAAGUGGGUUCCACAAAGUGCCUUGUACCACUGGAAUGCACAUUUCUGCUGAUUCUCCUUCAGCUGCAGCCCUCCACACCACAUCCGUGACCCUAAGGAGUGGUUGGGGUGGGGUAUAAAGGAAUACAGCCAGAAGGAGGAGAACACAGGAAAGCUCCAUUGAGUGAAUGGAACUCUGUAAUUCUUUGGAUCUGUGCCAUACUUACUCAGCUCUUUCCAAGCAUAUUAACUAUAUAUAUUCAAGUAAGGAUUUUUAGGUUAUAUUCCUAGCUGUUCCUCUCUUUUUCCUUUCCCUUCCUUUUAAAAAACAACAACUAGAAAUCUUGUUAUCUGCCUUAGCGGAAGUGUAUGCUUAUAAGCUUAUUAUUAUAGUUUUCUCAAUGAGGAAUGAAUAAUAUGAAUUACAGUUUAUGGUUGAUAUUUAUAGUAAAUACUGCAAGCCCAGAGUUUUGCACAUUUUGGUUGAUGAGGGAAACAGAAAAGGAUACCAUUUUCAUACCUGUUGUUUGCUUAAUAAAUGUUUUGUAUUGUUUAUAUUGUGUUUUUAUUGUGCACUUCCAUAGGUUUAGCAAACUGUAAAGCAAAACAAAUGAAACUUGCUUGUGUUCCAAAGUAUUUAUUAUGUGAUUUUUUAAAAUUACAAGUUCACAGACUGGGUGUUUGUACUUCCCAUACUAUUUCAGCUUUAGGUCAUUCAUUUAGCUCUUUAAAAAUUGUGGAUAUCGGCAAUAAAUGUACUUAGUAGUACCCCUAAAGCUAAAGGUACCCCUGACCAUUAGGUCCAGUUGCGAACAACUCUGGGGUUGCGGCGCUCAUCUCGCUCUAUAGGCCGAGGAGCUGGCGUUUGUCCACAGACGGCUUCUGGGUCAUGUGGCCAGCAUGACUAAGCCGCUUCUGGCGAACCAGAGCAGCGCACGGAAAUGCCAUUUACCUUCACGCCGGAGCGAUACCUAUUUAUCUACUUGCACUUUGAUGUGCUUUCAAACUGCUAGGUUGGCAGGAGCAGGGACUGAACAACAGGACUCACCCCAUCAUGGGGAUUCGAACCGCCGACCUUCUGAUCGGCAAGCCCUAGGCUCUGUGGUUUAGACCACAGCGCCACCCACAUCCCAGUAGUACCCCUACUAAGCAUUUAUCUCCUGGUUGUACAGCUGCUAGGUUACUACUUAAUCCAUGAUGAUGUUUUGGUUUCUUACACACUAAUAACACAGCAUGAAUAUAGUGCUAGGGUUUUUUUUAUUAUUGGGGGAAGGGAUAAGUCCAAAUCUAUUGGUCAGUGUUUGUACAGUUGACAUUGGCAUGGAAGAAUGGUUGGUAUAAACAGUAUUAUUCAGGACAGUCCUGUCCCAACUCAUGGCCAUUCCGAAUGUGGCAAUUUGUUCUUGACAUGGACUAUAGCAUAGACGCGGGAUGGAUGUUGAGUACAAAUAGUACAGAUUGCAUAGGUUUCAUGAGUGCUAAAUUGUGUUAGACCUAAAUUGUGUUAGACCUGUUCAAGCCUCAUUGCUUUCUCUCUAAUGUCAAUUAAUGUGAGCUGAUGCAGCUCACAAGAGUAUAUGUUCCUGUUUCCUACAAAGUGUUUGGCACCAUGGUUUUAUUUUAGGAAACCACUUCACAAAGUUCUGGCUGGAUUGGAAUUUGCUCAGCUAGUAUUUAAGUGCUCAGUUGCCAUAACCAAAUUCUUGAGCCCAGCUUGGGGAAGCGGGGGGGGGGGGGGGAGCUAUGCCUGACAUCAUAUGGCAAUAAAAAAAAAUUCAUAUAACAGCUGAAUAGGUUUUUGCAUAGUGGUUGCUUUGCUUUUCAUUGUUCAUUUAUUCCUUAUCUCACUUCAGCACUACCAGCUUAAUCCUGUGCCUGCUCAUGUUUUUCCUUCCCAAAAGAAAUAAAAUAAGCCAUUUACUACCAGUUAAAUGUCAUUCCUGACUGUUCAAGCUUUGCUAUCUUAUUUUAUUUUUAUCUGAACAUAAAUAUAAAUCCAUUGCUGUAACAUUGUUCCUGGUGUGUUACAUUUUAAAAUUUAAGAAACCAGUAAAGCCUUUUGCUAACCCUCAUUCACAUUGCAAAAUUAAAAUUUAUGUUUUAUUUUUUUCCAGAAGAAUAUACAUUCUAUAUUUUGUGAAACACUACCAAAUUUUUAGUGGAAACAGUAGUGGAAGAAAGUAGUGAGUUAUCCCCUCUGAAAAUAUUUAUGAUGUGGUAUAGGAAGAUCCUGUGCAAACACUUAUAGCUUCUGUUCUACAGCAGUUGCGCUAUCGCACAUGUGAUUGCAUACAUUCUAAAACUCUCUUGUGUACAAUGAUAAUUUAUUGCAUUUCCUCUCAUUGGCAUAUAUUAUUUCCUUCCUUGCUCCUCAUUUAGCCUCACAACAACCCUGUGUUAUUAUGCUGUGAGAUCAGAAGUUAGGCUGCAAGCUUCUUGGUGAAGUGGGGUUUUGUACAGUACUUGUGUCUUUGACAUCUAGUAUACUAACCAGAGGGCAGCAAAUGGGUAGCAGAUGAUAUGGGAUUAUGAUUCCCAUCGUCCCUCACCAUUUACCGUGCUGGCAGGGGCUAAUGGAAGCUGGGAGACCCAACAAUGUCUGAAGAACAUUGGCUUUGCCUAGUGCUACAACACCCCAUUCUCACAGCAAGAAUCACUGCUUAAUCCUCUUCCCAGUUACUGGCAUCUGUCUGUCUCAGCAGACAACGGAAGUGCGUGCCUUAAGGGGUGAAGCCAAAUGGUUGAAGAGCUACAGCACCCGCUGUGGCUGUAAAGAUUGAUAUGGGAGAGAAAUGUUUUCUUGCAGUUGGGGCAGAUGAAGGGUUCAAGUUUUGCUGCUACAGGUGCAGAAUGGCAUUUCUCUCUGGGCUCCUCUCAGUGGUCAUUUCAGUGGUUGGUGCUGUGGAUAUACAACAUGAGUGUCUUGUCUCCAGGCACUGCAGUCGUCUGCAAGGUAUUCUCAUAUGGCAGGGUUAAUGUUACCAGACUCCAUGUCAUGUUUGCAGACAUCUUUGUAACACAGAGUUAGACUGCCAACAGGCCUAGGGCCUGAAGCCAGCUCCCCAUAAAACACAUCCUUGGGGGUCCUGGUAUUUUAAAUUCUGUGUGCAUGACCAAGCCAGCAUAGACAUCACAGAGACAGAAGUGUGAACAUGCUGGGAAUGUGGCCUUGAGAGAGCACAUGCUUGUUCAAGACUCUGUCAUGCCAAGUGCACAGCUCACUUCCACAACUUGCUUCCAUAAAGCAGCAUACUCAACACAAAUCCUGAUAGACCUUCAACUUAGUAUUUGGUCAUAAGCAUCACAUUCUCCCAAACGCUCUCGGAAAGGCAAGUCAUUGCUGUAGUUGCCUUGCUAAUACACCUGUCCAGCUCAGCAUCGAUGGAAAGGUUGCUGGUUAUGGUGGAUCCCAGGUAAACAAAAUCGUCUACCACCCUAACCAUGUGUUGCAUGGAGUGCUGAAGGCUUGGACAAAAUGGUUGAUGAGUCUCUGUAGAGCUUCCUUGGAGUGCACUCUUAAGGCUGUGUCAUCUGAAAACAACAUAUCUCAGAUUAAGAACCACACACUUUUGUCUUGGUGUGAAGAUGUGCCAGGUUGUACAGAUCCCCACCCCUCCUUGAAUGGAAGUACAUACCGUCUUCAGUCGAGCUGAAGGCAUGGGGAGAGCAAAGAGAAUUGGAGCGAGAACACAGCCCUAUUUCACACCGUUCUUUACAGAGAAGUGUCCAUGGAUGAACAGUCAUACUGGACGGUGCCAUGUAUGUUUUCGCGGAAGGCACAACCAUAUUGUGGGCAUCCUAUCUUAGGUGAGCAUCCUAUCUUGUUGAAGAGUCCUUUUCAGCUGAAGAGGUCAAAAGCCUUCGUCAGGUCUAUGAAGGCAGUGUACAAGGGGCUUCUCUGCUCUCAGCAUUUCUCCUGCAGCUGGCGAGUGAGGAAAUCAUGUUGACCAUUGACCUCUGAGCUCUAAAGCCACAUUGUGACUCAGGAUAGAUCCUAUCAGUGAGUGUAAUUUGUUGAGAACACAGACAAAGGCUUUCCCAACAGCAGCUAGCAGGGAGAUUCCACGAUAGUUAUAAGCAUGGCAGUCACCUUCCUACAAUACAUGUGCUUAAGUUUCUUCACUAUUUCUUGUAUGUUAUAUUGAUUAUAACAGCCUACUUUUUAAAAGAGAGAGAGAUAAUGAGAACAUUUCAAUAACUUUAAUCAAAAUGGAUCUGGUUAUAGAAUAACUGUGAUUCCAGACACAUUCAGCAACGUUUAGCUAUAUUUAUACUUUUAUUGUGGGGGUGGGAAUAGAAGGGUUGCAUAGGUCAUUGUGUGUCCAUGUGCAUGCACCAAAGUCAUGAUGCAUCUGCUUCCUCACCUAGAGAUUCAACUUCCAGAGACCCAACAUUUCUAUAAAAGGCAAAAGCAGAAAAAGAGUGAAUAUUAAAGGGACAGUUUUGGAGUAUAUGCUUUGGGUGACCUGCCAACUGAAUCCCAUACCUUGUUGCACAUUUGGCAUGCAACUGAAGUGCUGCAUAGUGCAGAUCUCGAGGGGGCAGUUACGUUAUUAGCAUGAAGCUGAUCUUUCAAACCUUAUAUCACAAAAAUGACAGUGCAGAUACAGAGGAAUGUUCAGACCUUCCACCUUUAUUACUGCAGAAGUUGGAGGGGGGGAGAGAAAUUACUAAACUCAAAAUUGGGUGCAAAUUGCUGAGUGGUUUGGGGGAUGUGUGCGUUUUUGUUUUGUUUUUGUCUGAAGAAACCACUUGAAUAUAAAAAAGAGUAAUAUUUGCAGCUUUUCCUUUCUAACUAUCCAUCUACUUUAAGGAGGUACACAGUAAUUUUGCAAAAUGUAUUUAAUAUGUGUUAGUGAAAAUAUUGAACCACAUAAAACUAGUUGAUGUUUAUGAAACAGGAGACUUUUGUGCACAACCAUGGACACAAACAUACUCUGCUAGAUGAUUCUGUAUGGCAUGGGUCACCAACAUAGUGUUCGUGGGCUCACAUGUGCCCACAAAGGCCUUCCUAGUGCCCAUAGGGUCUCUUCCCCUACUGAAAUUAGGGCUUGAACAAAGCCUUAUUUAGCUAUUCAAAGGCUCUUUCCCCCCAACUCUAAUUCUGUGUGGGCAAUUGCAAAGGGGUUUCAGCUGGGAGGAAAGAGUUGCGGCAUGUGUGUAGUGCCCACAACAGUUCCUAUAUUUCACAAAUGUACCCGUGAACCCAAAAAGGUUGGCAGUGUACGGCAUCAAAGGAGACCGGGGCUAAAAUAUGCCUCAGGGUGAACAGUGUAUGAAUAUUGCUCUUUAUCUGGAAAUAGCUUUCAGCAUUUUAUUAUAAUGAGUAAGGCAGCACUUUAACCCUUAUAAAUUCUCCUAAACUAGAAUUUUAAUUUCUAAUGGCACAUACUUCCUGCACUUAUUCAUGUGUAAUGUAAUGUAAGUCUCAUGGAGCUUAAGGGGGGUUACUCCAUAGUAAGGGUACUUAGGAUUACACUGCUUGUUAUUGGGGUUUUUUGCCUGUUUUGCUACUCACUACUCACUAUUCUUGCUGUUAGAUAUCUAAUUAAAGCAUCAGCGUAGAAAUUGUUUUGGCUAUAGAACUAGACUUAAAACAAACCUUCUCCAGAAUUUUUUUUUUAUGAUGGAUAUUUAAUCACGAUAAUUACAGUUUACAAGGCAAGCCUUGUGUUGCUAACAGUAUUGACUUGUUGAGUAAAAUAUUUAUGAGUAGCUUCUUGCUGAGCUUUGCUCGUCUUUAAUGGAAGCAUUAGCAGUGCCGUGCAUUGUGUACUUCAUCAUCUUAAAAGGUUGCUUUACAUUACCCAUCUCCAUCAAAAGCCUGUCCACAGAAGCUUUGUGCAAUAUCUUUUUUAUAAAGAUGAUAAGGAAUUCAAUACUUGGCUGUGCCGCUAUUAUUCAGUAGUACACUCCUGUUAUUAAGGGGGAGAGGUGACAAGAUGGAGCAGUGAAUGAGGAAAAAUUAUCUCUCCCCCAUUCUCUCUUCCCAUGGCCCAUGAGGCACAAUUGCAGACACCGGAAUCUGCCUUAUACUGAGUCAAGACCAGUAUUACCUACACUGGCUGGCAGCAGUUCUCCAGGGUUUCAGGCAGGGGCUCUUCCUAGCCCCCCCCCCCCCCGGAAAUACCAAGGAUUGAGUUUACGACCUUCUUCAUUCAAAUCAGAUGGUCUACCCCUGAGCUCUGGUCCUUUGGGUUCGGAAAGGUAGUGUGAUGGAAGAAAUUACCAGUUUCUAAAAUUAAAAAGGCGCAAGUAGCAGGGUGUUGGGGGAAAGGGAAACCUCUUGAGUAUAUUUACGCAAAGCCCUUUAUGAAGAUUUCAGGUAAUGACAGAUUUGGGAAAGGGGCGUUUCUAGUACAGCACCUUGUACAUUGUAGGCAUUAAUAAAAUACAUUGCUUUUGGAUGACAAAAGCCAAUAAUGCAAGUUAUUGUUAGUUGUGGUAAAGGUAAAGGUAAAGGGACCCCUGACCAUUAGGUCCAGUUGUGGCUGACUCUGGGGUUGCGGCGCUCAUCUCGCUUUACUGGCCAGCAUGUGGCCAGCAUGACUAAGCCGCUUCUGGUGAACCAGAGCAGCGCACGGAAGCGCCGUUUACCUUCCCGCCGGAGCGGUACCUAUUUAUCUGCUUGCACUUUGACGUGCUUUCGAACUGCUAGGUUGGCAGGAGCAGGGACUGAGCAACGGGAGCUCACCCCGUCGCGGGGAUUCGAACCACCGACCUUCUGAUCGGCAAGUCCUAGGCUCUGUGGUUUAACCCACAGCGCCACCCGCAUCCCGUUAGUUGUGGUAGGGGCCACUAUAAAACAUUACAGUGCAGAAAGAUGAAAAACACCCAACAUUUCUGCACAGGAGGGUGUGUGUGUGUGUGGUUUUUUUUAAUGGCAGCAGUAACAUGCUACAAAUUUAUUUAUCCAUUUUAAUAAUCCAAUGGUUUGUUUGGUUUUUUUUCUUACUGCAGGUCCAAGAAGAAGAAAGAGACUACAGUAUUGAACCUAUUACAGAUGACUACAAAAAGAUGGGAACUCUCUUUGGAGAGCUCAACAAAAGCCUCAUUAGUAUUGGCUUCACAAGGAUGUAUUUUGGAGAACGGAUUGUGGAACCUGUAAUAGUCAUAUUCUUCUGGGUUAUGCUCUGGUUCCUUGGUUUACAAGCUCUUGGACUUGUUGCAGUUCUAUGCCUUGUCAUUAUUUAUGUUCAGCAGUAAAGCACUAUAGAUGGUGGUUGAACACUAUGUAAUCUCUUGGUGGAUUUACAUAUUAAACCAAGCAAGAAUAGUAUAUUAAUAGCUGGUGUGCUGAACAUUAUAUUGCCACUAAAGAGUUAUGCAUUCUUUCUUUUUGAACUGUCCUUAUCUUUGCAAUUUAAAACAAAGCAAAAAAUUCUAAAUGUGUUAUGAACUGAUGGGUUAAAGAAGACCUUAAUACAGGACAGUGGAAGCUAAUUAAUAGAAGAUACUGAAUCAAUGUAGUUCCUGUGGGUUCCAGUCCUGGAAGGUCUUUUUGGUAUGAAAAGAAACUUGCCCAAAAAUUAGGUUAGCAGUGGUUUUAUAUUUGUUCUAUGACAACUUUCCAACAGUCCUUUUUGUAUUGCAAACUAAACUUUUUAAAAUGCUGGUUUGUAUGAGCUUUUAUGCUUCAUUAUUUUAUAUCAUCCUGUAAAUCUCUCUGCAAACUUCUUUAGCCUUGUGUGUAUACAUAUUCAGUCUUAAGCAAGUAUGCUUCUGUACGACUGGUGCCAUUUAAUGCUUUAUAUGUAUAUAAGAAAAAUUAAGGGAGGAAUUCAGUGUCACACUCUUCUGAUCGUUCUGUCAGUGCAAGCGUUUUCUGCUUGUCAGACAGAACAAUUCCCCCUCUCCUCUGCCUGCCUGUUUCUCCCAACCCUCCAGAGCACAUUUGAAGAAGGCGCAAGGGUUCCAUGGGGCAGGGAGAGGGGAGCCCUUGCACUGGCUUCCACUAGCGUGCCAGGAUAGUCGAAUCCAGCCCAACAUAUUUACUAGAUAAGAGACUAAUACUCUUGGCAGCUUUUCGUCCAUGUCAUGUUCUCAUUGUGACAAAAUAUUCCUCUCUUUUUGUAAUGGCUUUCUAACAUCCUACAUCCUGUAUCUGAAACUUUUCUAUGCACAAGCACAGUAGACUUUGAUGCAAGACAAGCCACACUAAAGAUGGUGGCUACAAUCUUUCAUGUGUUCCUUUCUAGUGAUAGGGGCAUUGUUCAUUUUGGGGGGAUUCCAAAAACAAAUUUCUUAGGUUUGGAUGUAUAAAACCCAUCCUGAAUUAGGCCAGAUUCCUUCAGAGUCUGAACCUGAUUUGUAAUGAUGCCAACUGUUCUUUUUGCCAUUCUGUACCAAAUGUACUCAGGAGUGUAAGGGCUCAGUACAAAGCCAUCAUUAGGCGCUAGUAUAUUGCUGAAAGUAUUGUGGUUCCUAUGAGGUUGAUUUGCAAAGUGAAAGAUUCUUUGAAUGAGAAACUAGGCAAAUGCUAGAGAAAACCAUACUGAAUGACAGCCAUAUAAGCAUAUUGCCUGCGCAAUCUGUUGUAGCCAGUGUCCCUUUUUUACAAAGAGUCCUUACCUUCACAGAGAGGCCUUUGAUCAAUGGAGGCAGAGCCGGCCUGCCCAUGAGAUGAGGUGAAGCACCUGCUUCAGGUGGCAGAAGUUCAAGAGACGGUGCUCGGCCCACCCCACCGCUUCCACCACUGAGAGGGAGGCCCAUGGGCAAAGAAGCCAAACAAGAACACUUUGAGGAGUGUCUGGGCUCUCACUGAGUUCAGCAAGAGCCAGGGCAUUCUUGGGCCAUGUUGCAAAUCAGCUUAAUUGGUAAUGCUUUGACGAGCAGCACCCUAGCUCCCGCCAACCUCAAUGAGAGCCAGAGUGCAGUGGUGGCAGAAAUGUCUUAGGGGGACAAGAAGGUGGCAAUUCCUGUUUUGCCUCAGAUGGUGAAACAGGAUGGGCUGCCCCAAAGUGGAGACCUCUAGUGGAAGGGAAGGACAUUUCGCUGAUACCUCCUUUUCUGUGGAGCUCUAACACUCCCUUUAAUGCUGUUCUGGAUAGUCUCCCAACCUUCUCAAGCUAUUUUUUGUGGGGUGCAGAGAGGAAGAAGGAAUCAUUGAUAACUUCAUGCUCCUACCCCGUUGGUGGUUACCUCUGCUGAAUCAAAAGCUCUUUUGCAAACGAAAGUUUAUUAUUGGCUACAAUCAAACAGAAUUAUUUCUGCAGCUUUCAUUCUGUUAAUACUCUAUGGUCCUAAUGGUCACAUAAGUAUUUUUUUCUUGCAACAUAGGUGUUACAACUAUUCAGGAAAAGUUGGUUGAAUUUGGAUGCAAUUUAUUAUAUGCUCAACAUAGUAGCAUAUUUUUUCACUUUUAAAUGAAUUUCUGAUCUCCAUUUCAUUUGCCAAAUAUGUUAAGUGUCCAUAACAUUAAAAUAGCUGAACCAACCUUUUUCUCCUGUACAGUUUGCUUCAUGCAAACAUUUAAAAUGGAGAAGCAUUUGACUUUGCUGCCUUUUGUUUCUGUUGACUUGUAGCAACUAUAAGUGAUCUCUUGUGAGUACUAUGGCUCUAUGUACAGCUGAAUCUCCUUCACUUGCAGUAUAUUUCCUAUUCAUUUCAUGAGAGGAAGACAAAUAUGUACAAAGUGAUUGUAUCCAUUGAAAUGAAUGAGGAAGGUCCAUGUGAGCCAGCGCAGCCCAACUUGGGCUUGGGAUCAAGGUUUGCAUGAUUGGGGCACAUGUUAUCAGAGCUACAUAUUAUCAGAAGAAAAAUAUACAAUUAGAAUUUAAAGAAUGAAUUGGCAGAAAUGUUUGAUGUUUGAAAGAUGAGGAAUAGUCUCACAGGUUUUGUUUAUAAAAUGUAUUACUCUUGUCUGUUGGCUACAAAGUUUAGUGCUCUUCUGGUGCAAGCACUAUUGAAACAAUUGAAAGGUGUGUAGCAAGGAAGACAGUGUUAGGUUGCCAUAUAAAUGUCCAUUGUGAAAAACAGUAACCCAACUCUUUACUUUGUAUAUAUGUAUAUUUAUUUAUGUGAAGAUAUUUAAGGUAAAUUACCACUUGGGCUCUUGGUAUUAAAAUUGUUUGGGGAGCAUAGUAUAUAAAUCCAUGUGUGGGGAUAUUUCCACCUUAAUUGAUUUAAUGACUCAGAGUUUUAUGUGUGUGUGUAUAUGUGUAUAUAUAUAUAUGUUGUUUGAAUUAUCCAGCUGUACAAGAAACUUGGCAGGAUCCAAAGGACCAUGCAUGAUGUUUCAUUUACAGACACCUCUUCUUGCUCCAACUCUUUUGCGCCAAAAUACCAUAUCCAAGGGUUGGUUAAACCCUUCAGAGCUGCACAUAACACGAUGCAGGUGAAUGUACUCAGGCGUAGAAACUGAAGGCCUCCCAUCCAUGUGUGGAAAAGCUUUAUGGUAAGGCACAGGGGCUUUGGGAACACAAGACUAUUAAUAGACUGUUGGACUCUCACUUGCACUGAAAAGCUGCCACACACAAACUGACAAGGUUAAAUUAUUUACUUAGAUACGUUUCUAUAAAAGUGUACUUUGAGAACACUUCGUUACGUUUUCUAAUAAAAUGCUUUCUCAUUA